AUGGAUUUGGCUUGUAUCGAUGGGAUGAUACCAAAUAUAUCACAUCAACAACUGGAACUAUUUUUUGACAAUGCAGAUAUUUUUAAAACUAAUUAUAUUACUGAAAACCAAUUCAUUAAGAACAUCAGUAAGUUUACCUUGCAUUCAGAUAGCAUUGAAAUGCUGACAAACGAGGAUACAAAAGUAGGACCGUAUUUAACAAAAAGUGAUGGAGUUUUAGAAGAGAAUAAUGAAACAAUAAUGAAAAAAAACGAGGAAAAGAAGGAAAUAAAUGGAAAUGUGAGGGAUUCUGAUCAACAGGCAUUUUUGAUUCAGCAUCAACUCGAAGAAAAUCGAUUUCUGCCGGAAUUCUUACAGAACUGGGCAAAGCACUGCAGAAUAAGAAGCCAUCCGAAAUAA